GAGGUCAAUACCAUCAUGGAUCUUUAGCUGACGGUCCGAAUCACUCUUCGUGGUCACCCGGGCGGCAAGGUGGGUCCCGAGACCCCUCACAUGUCCGGAUCCAUGUUCGACAACCCUGGCGAUCUGCACAUGUGCCCCACAUACCAAUUAAUCAGCAAGGAUGAGAUGAGGGACAUACCCCGCUUGCAAUUGCACGCUUCCGACUUGGCUCCUCGAGGGUAUAAAAGGGACCAAGGGUCCUCCUAUCCAUUGAUCUGAUCCCUAACUAUCCAGUGUCACCCAUCACCAACCAACAAUGUCCGACUCCCACAAGAAAACCGUCCGCGUCUCCCACCUCGGUGGCAUCGACGCGGCCUACCAAAUGCCCAAACCCUACGACUCAUCCAAACCCACCCUCGUCCUCGUGAACUCCUUCACGACCUCCUCCGAUCUCUACAAACUCCAAUACCAAAACGAGGAACUCACCUCCAAUGUCAACCUUCUCGCCAUCGAGCUUCUCGGGCAUGGAGCGACCCGUACUGAGGCGUUGGAGUGGACGUAUUGGGAUACUGCUUGGAUGAACCUUCAGGUUCUUGAGGCGUUGGGUAUUAAGAAGGCGUUUGUGUUGGGAACGAGUCAGGGUGGGUGGAUUUGUACUCGUAUGGCGCUUCUUGGGCCGAAGGUCAUUGAGGGCAUUAUUCCUCUUGGGUCCAGUAUGGACUUUGAGUCUCAGCGUACCAUGGACCUCGGAUGCUGGGAUGGCAAGGAAGCUAAUUCCCGCGCUAUCCGCGAAUUCCUCGGUGACGAGGAGACACCUGACUGGGUCCUCCCCAACUGGUUCUCCGACUGGUUGAUCACCGUUGGCGUGGGAAAGACCAACCCCAAGGCUUGGCCCGACUUCCGCGAGUUUUGGAACAAGGAGAUGAAGCGCAACUACAGUGGAACCGACGGCCGUCAGCGCGCUCGCAUGUGCUCCAUCAACCUCUCAGACCGUGACGGUCUCCACCCUCGUCUCCCCGACGUCCGUUGCCCGGUUUUGUGGAUCCACGGUACUAAUGACGCAGUCUACUCCGUCGCCAAUGCGAAGGAGGAGAUCAAAAUGUUCGUCAACAGCCCAGAUGCGCAGUUGAAGGUUAUUGAGGGUGGACAGCACUUCUUGAGUGCGUCGAACCCCCAGGAUGUCGACAGUCUUGUUUUGGAAUUCAUUCAGAAGUACCACAAGGCUUAAGCGGAUGGGGAGGAGUUUUCAUCUCUUGUAGGAUUUAUGACGAUAGUGUACGAAUAGGGUUUGAUACCAAAUGAUAUUCCUUACCGAUGGCCGAACGUCUAUAAGUUGCGAUUGCGAAAAGUGCACGGAGUGUAUGACUGGAUAGUCGGUCGCAUUGGAGCUCAUCCGGCGUAUGAGAGCAAUAGCGUAGUUGAAGGGGGAAAGUGAGGGGAUACGUUGUCGUGAGUCGUUCAACACUGUCGCGUACCACACGUUGCCAGUUUCCCUGCCCAAAGGCCAUUCUUCCUCAUUCUUCCGUUUCGACCAGUCACCAACAUUAAGGCAAACACGUCAAAGUUCGUCACAUGCACAUCGCAGAACCCAGAGAAGACAGUCAGAGGCGAGACGCAAGAGGUAAAUUCCACACACGUAAAUCUCAUGAUCACAAACUGCACAAAAUAUUACCC